AUGUUGGUAAAGGCAGUAACUAUCGUCACCGCCUACAUUCUCGGCGCUACUGCAUUUGCACCUUCCCGGUUUGACCGGCGAUCGUCCUCACCAUGCUCAGGCAACACCCCUGCAGAUCGGUCGGCAUGGUGCUCUCACUCCAUAAAGACGGAUUAUACUCGUGAGGUUCCGGAUACGGGUGUAACCAGGGAGUAUUGGCUGGAUAUCGUGGAUAUCAUCGCUGCGCCGGACGGAGUGUCGAGGCCAGCCAUGGCUGCAAAUGGUACUAUCCCUGGGCCUACUCUUUUCGCAGAUUGGGGCGACACCGUCAUUGUUCAUGUAAAGAACUCUCUUCAUACCUCCAAGAAUGGCACAAGCAUACACUUCCACGGUAUACGUCAACUAUUUAACAACCAAAACGACGGAGUAGUUUCUAUGACACAGUGUCCUACACCAGUCAACGACACUAUAACCUACACUUGGAGGGCGAUGCAGUAUGGGUCUACUUGGUACCAUUCACAUUUCGGGCUACAAGCGUGGGAAGGAGUAUUUGGCGGCAUCGUUAUUAAUGGUCCUGCAACAGCAAAUUAUGACGAGGACUUGGGCCCGCUCUUCCUGAACGACUGGGAUCAUGCCACCGCAAACCAGCGUUCUACUGUUCACAGGACCGACUUUCUCACCCCGCCGCUAGGGACGGGCUUGAUUAACGGCACCAACACAUAUGGUAAUACUGGCCAGCGCCUCAACAUCCGCUUCGAAGCGAAAAAGACGUACCGCCUGCGGUUAGUCAACGCUGCCAUUAUCUCACAUUUCAAGUUCAUGAUAGACAACCAUGAUAUGACAAUUAUAGCUCACGAUCUUGUUCCCGUGAAGCCUUAUACUGUCAAAAUCCUAGACAUAACCAUGGGUCAACGAUAUGAUAUCUUGGUCACCGCCAAUCAAGCUGCUACGGCACGGCAGUUUUGGAUGCGGUCUAUACCUCUCGGGUUAUGUGGCGAUCCAAACUGGAAGUUUAAUGACAUUCGGGCUAUUGUGCAUUAUGACGACAACUGGACGCAACCAUCCACCUUACCCUAUUUGUAUUCUCAACUAUGCGGCGACCAAACUAUGAAUGCUGUGCCGUACAUUGCAGAAAACGUGCAGCAACCAGAUCAUGAUCCAACACUGAGCAAGAUACUGCGCCACGAAACUACUUUUCAGAAAAACGACUCGGUUAUCGAGCUGCCCGAGGCUAACAAGACGUUUUACUUGGUUAUCAAGAACCCUUUGUUUGUAGCUCAUCCUAUCCAUUUACAUGGGCACGACUUCUUUGUGCUUGGUCAAGGUGUUGGGCCCUACUUGCCCGGUAUUUCGCCUCUAAAAACCAAGAACCCCCCGAGGCGAGACACUGCUCUCCUUCCCGGAUCGGGCUACCUUGUUAUUGGUUUUGUUACAGAUAAUCCCGGUGUAUGGCUCAUGCAUUGUCAUAUCGGAUACCACGUCGACAUGGGAUUUUCACUUCAGAUUAUUGAGCGUGCUAAUGAAAUACCUGCUAUUAUCAAUCAAGACGAGCUCAAUGCAGGUUGUGCCGCUUGGUCAUCGUUCCAGCAAAGUAAUAAUAUAAUUCAAGACGAUUCUGGUGUUUAA